GCAGUGGCACGGUGUUGAAGAAGCGCGCUCAGGGUCGGCUCAGCGAGGUCUUUGCCAAGGCAGCGACGACAGCCGGCCUCCAGCAGCGCCAUGAGGCCCGCGGUAGUGCUCGCGCUCCUGCUGGUAGCCUGCCUGCUUAUAGAGGCUGAAGCCACCAAGAAGAAGCUCAAGAAACUCAUUCUGCUCAAGAAACUCAUGAAGAAAGGGAAAAUCAUCAUCCCACUGCCCAUACCCAUACCAAAGAAAGGGAUGGGGAUGGGUGGUGGCGGCGGCGGAGCCAUGAUGAAACUCAAGUCGCUGCUCGGGAACCUUGGCGGUGGCGGUGGAGGUGGCGGUCAUGGAGGCGGUGGCGGCGGCGGCGGUCACGGCGGCGGCGGAGGCAUGACUGAGGUUUGGAAGGUCGAGCUCAUCAGCAGCGGCGGCGGAGGUCAUGGCGGCGGUGGCGGCGGCCACGGCGGAGGCGGAGGUCACGGCGGAGGCGGAUGGAUGGGUGGCGGCGGCGGCGGCGGCGGAUGGGACAUGGGAGGGGGCGGCGGAGGAGGAGGCUGGUGAACCAGGAGGCCACAACCGAAUGCGCAGGAUGACUGCGACGGUGCCCCGCACAUUCAAACCUCAUCCUCAUUAUGCACCGUCGCGGUAGAGAAAGCCUCGGGCAACCUCAAGCCUUGGCGGGACGGCCCGCAACGGAUGCCACUGCCGUGUUACGGCUUGUGUGAAGAGACAGUCAGGAGUGUCCCUUUUGCCGCACCUCGCAAGCCCUUAUGGGCGCGCGCCUCGAAGAAAGACUGGAGAAAAGAGCGACGUUGAGUACAUGAAUAAGGGCGUAAAUUCAGGCGGAGCCCGACUCCAGUUCCCCACCAAAGAAACGUUUCGAAAGCUAGACACAGGAGAAGAACAGCGUCGGUCGCGUAAAAAAAUCGCUCGCUGAUAUAGGCCAUGGGCCAGCUUGUCACGGAUCCAACGCAUAUCGCAACAUCCACGAAAGCACAUGUUGCCGGUGUGACACGGCGGUAUGCACUUUUCGUCAUUGAUAAUAUGCGGAAACAUAUGAAGGCGUGUAAAAAAAGAUACCGGAACAAUUAGAACGCCACUGGAGCAUAACAUUUAGGAAGAAAGAUAAAAGGACGAGAUGCGGCAGAGCGUGCCGGUGAAAAACAGUCUAGCCUGUUUUAGGGCAACCAGAAAGUACAGUGUGGAUCAGCCGGAGCUAUCACCGCGAAGGCGUACUCGAAGCUAACGUAUUCGGUCUCUGCAACACUUGUUCAAAUAGUCGCGCACAUAUGAGUCAUGUGCAGCGAUUUGUAAGAUACUUUUGUCACCAUAGUCAUUGCUGUUCCUGUUCAUAGAAUUUGUUCACAAAUGUGCUUUGUACCGUAAGCGAAAAAAAAAGAAGAGUUUGAUUCAACGAAAGAAGGCUCUCCAUUUACUACAUACAUUCAACAUCCACACAAUAAGCAACCAACGCAUGAACGUCCAAACCAAACGCGAAAUGAAGCUGUAUACGAAUGGAGCUUCCUGGCACUAAACAACACACUGAUCAUUCAAUUCAGUGAGCUUACCUGCGGCGAAGGCAAGAGGCAAUUCUGUCAAGGAUAGUUACAUGCAAUUCGAACAUCUCGUAUUGGGUCUUGUAAAACUAUCCAGAGGACAGCAAGGAAGUGACUAUGUUGACACUGGAUGAGCGCAAUGACGUCUGCACAUUACCCGUUUUGCAGUCACUUUUGCACAGCGCAUGCACUCGUUGUCACACACAUUUGGAGGUUCCGAUAUGUCUGACCGCGAUCGCUCUCACGAAUCCUUUAAUAGUGGGUCUUACGAGGUCAUUGAAGCCCGCGAAAUAUAAGACAAUAAUGUGUACCUCCUGCAAAUUAUUACCGAUGCGAUAUUGCAAGUAAAAAACGUUUCCAGAUUUCUUUCUCGGUGUCCAUAGCCAAGAAACGUUUACUAUAUCCAAUAUAGAGACUGCAUGUUCCUGAACUCUUGUCAUUUUAUUUUAUCUUUUAUUUGCCCUAAAUAAUGAAAAACAAGAAAAUAUUAAAAACUUUACGUUCACCUUGGA